AUGGUUGUGCUUGACAUGCGUGGUUGUGGUGGCGCUGAAAGAGGACAAGAAUCGACGAUGGAAGCGCUGAAAGAGGAAUACUCCCCUUUCUUUCUUGUUGGUAUUGUCAUGGCUAUUGAUCUUCUUCGUACUCCGAGCAGUGGUUACAUCUUAUAUGGGACAAGGGUCUUUCAUGGUGUUCGACAAAAGAAAGAAGUCAAAAAACAAGAACGUUUGUCUGCCAAACUAGUGCAAGAAAUUGCUUUCACUGAUGAGAGUGAUGAUGUUCAAAGUACUGAUAAUCAGGUCAAGAAGAUCUUCAAUAACAAUGUGGAAAAGCAAGAUAUUGUUUUAGACCUAAAUGACCGGAUCAAUAGAAAGAAUUUUCGAGACGUUAUGACUCGUAGAACAAAACCUGAUCCCAUCAUCAAAGUAAGAUGCACCAAGCCAAAGAAUAAGUCACUAAAGCUUUACUUGAUCAGAAAGAAGGUGAAAUUUUCAUACACCGACGUUGCACUUUCUCGUGAGCUAGUCAAAUUUUGUUACAAUGAGUGGAUGCAAAUUCUAGAAAUUAUCGACCAACACAAGGGUGUUCAUGCUCAGGAGGUGAAGUUGGCAGUCCAACAUCUUCUCAACAAAUUAAAAAAACUGAAUCUUGUGCCAUCCGUUGGUCUAUCAGCUAGUUCAUAUAGAUUAGCAUCAUCAGGAAGAACAGGCGCUCCCAAAUAG